CGGAGUUCGUAUUUUAGAAGGGUCGGUUUCGCGACUCCUCUCCUCCUCCUGCGAGUUGGGGUUGAUUUCGGCGCGGGAAAGGGCGGUGUUUCCUUCCUCUCGCUUUGGUGUUUGUGCUCGAGAUUGUGAUCGAUUUGGCAAUUACAAACAGCGGAAGAAGCUUGAUCAGAUGGAUGGGGAUCGGCGAAGACGAGCGCCCCUCAAAUCCCGUCAUCCCGAUUUGAAAGAGAAGCUUAGACAGUGUUGCUUGGAAAGAAUCAAAGAGGAGAGAAACCAAUUGCUAUGGAAGAUCAGGUCGAACAGGCAGCAAUCUCAAGAGACAGAGGACAUUGUGGAGUCAACGUUGAGGGAAAUAGUUUCUGAUGAGCUGCAGAGAAUGCAGCCAUCUUUACUUGAAAAUCAGAGAAACAUUGUUUCCAAGAACAAUGAUGUAAUAUGGGAAUUUGAUGGCCUGCAUUUGGAAAACUCAACUGAAACUGCAAGUGAAGAGCUGAUGUUGGAGAUGCAAAGACUUCUAUACGAGGACCUGAGAGAGGAGUUAAUUAAGAGAGAGCUUGAAUUUUUCGAAAAGGAAGAUGAAUACUUAGCUCAAGCAGUUUUGGAAAACAUGAAUCUUAAUGACAACCAGUUAGGCAAUCACAGCUUUGACUCCAUUGAAUGGAGCCAAUGGUGGGGGACAGUCAUUCUACUACAUCCAGUGGUACUUAAAUCCUGCUUUCGUUUAGGGUUAAGAUGGAUUGAGAGGUGCAAUGAGGAUCAAACAUGAAAACUAAUGAACAGAGCUGUGACUUACUUUGGCUAGAUCUUCCAGACCCAUUAGUUUCCUUUGCUUAGAUUCAGUGAGAACCAAAGGGUUGAUCACAGUCGUGACUAUUGGUGCUAUAUACAAUAUCCUUAAGUUCCAAGCCCCGUUGCUCGUUAGUCGUAUCUGCAAGUAGCAAUUGUUAAAUGAGAUAGUUGUUCAACCUCCUCCAAACAAGUGUGACAAAUUGAACGUUUUUGCCCUCUGUAUUUACCUCUUCUAUGCUUGAUUGUUUGUUGUUUCUUUAAGAAAGUCACAUUUCCUUCGAACUAACUGGUUCUCGUAGCUCCAAUCUUUUUAAAAUUUCACCACCUUUUUGUUGAUAUACGGGGUGUUGUUAUUGCUGAUCUCC